AUGUUCUUGAAAAUGGCGCAGAUUUUGGCACCUUCGACUCAAUGGCAGAUGAGACUCGCGAAAACCUCGCCGUGUGCAACUCAAAUCACAUCAAAGAUGUGGAGUUCUUUAGUUAUGAAACAAAACAAGAAAGUUGCGCGUUCUGCUAAGUUUACAGUAAUGGCUAUCAACUCUGAAAAUGGUACCAUCAAUAGGGUGGAGGAUUUGCUUAAUUUGGACAUCACUCCGUUCACUGACAGCAUUAUUGCUGAGUACAUAUGGAUCGGUGGAACAGGAAUCGAUGUGCGCAGCAAAUCAAGGACCAUAUCAAAGCCUGUUUCGCAUCCCUCUGAGCUUCCUAAGUGGAACUAUGAUGGAUCUAGCACUGGACAAGCCCCUGGUGAAGAUAGUGAAGUGAUCCUAUAUCCUCAAGCAAUUUUCAAAGAUCCUUUCCGUGGCGGAAACAAUAUUUUGGUCGUUUGCGACGCGUAUACACCAGCAGGCGAGCCUAUCCCUACAAAUAAGAGACACAGAGCUGCUGAAAUCUUCAGUAACCCAAAGGUUGAGGCUGAAAUUCCAUGGUAUGGAAUAGAACAAGAGUACACUUUACUUCAAACCAAUGUGAAGUGGCCAUUAGGUUGGCCCGUAGGUGGCUAUCCUGGUCCUCAGGGUCCUUAUUACUGUGCUGCCGGAGCAGAUAAGUCAUUUGGACGUGAUAUAUCUGACGCUCAUUACAAGGCUUGUAUAUAUGCUGGAAUUAACAUCAGUGGCACCAAUGGAGAAGUUAUGCCUGGACAGUGGGAGUAUCAAGUUGGCCCUAGUGUAGGUAUUGAAGCUGGUGAUCAUAUCUGGGCUUCAAGGUACAUCCUUGAGAGAAUUACCGAACAAGCUGGUGUUGUGCUCUCUCUUGAUCCAAAACCAAUAGAGGGUGAUUGGAAUGGUGCAGGAUGUCACACCAAUUACAGUACAAAGAGCAUGAGGGAAGAUGGAGGGUUUGAGGUAAUAAAGAAGGCCAUUUUGAACCUUUCCCUUCGCCACAAGAUCCACAUUGAAGCAUACGGAGAAGGUAACGAAAGAAGGUUGACGGGAAAGCAUGAGACAGCCAGCAUUAACGCAUUUUCUUGGGGAGUGGCUAACCGGGGAUGCUCAAUCCGUGUGGGAAGAGACACCGAGAAGAAUGGCAAAGGUUACUUGGAAGACAGGCGUCCGGCUUCGAACAUGGAUCCAUAUGUGGUAACAGCAUUACUGGCAGAAAGUACAUUAUUGUGGGAACCAACUCUAGAGGCUGAAGCUCUUGCAGCUCAGAAGAUUGCAUUAAAGGUCUAA